AUGAACUACCUACCUCUACUGACUGUUUUCUACAUUCUAUCUACAAUAAUCCCAUCAACAUUAGCCAACCCACCUCUACCAAGUUGUAGCGAGAUACCACGUGUUCUUUGCUGCAUAGAUCGUAUAGCCUUGGCUUGUCCAAGGGGUUGUCGACCUUAUAUUGAAGAGAAGUGUCCGUAUAAGCUUGAGAAGCUCUUUGGUGAGGUUGUAGCAACUACUGAAGCUGGAAAAGCUAGUACAGUAUCUAUUAAGCCGGGAGAAACUAGAAGAACAUCUGAAGCUACUGUAACUCAAAGCGUUUGGGACAAGCUGAAAGAACAUGAACAGCACAAUGAAAAGCUGGAACGUAAUGGAGAACAACAUAAACAUGUUAAAGUUCAGGAUAAACAGCAUCAACAUAGUGAAGAUCAUGACGAAUCUAGUUCAACCUUGAGAACUACUCAAAGCUACAGAAAGCCUAGACCAGUUGAUAGCCAAAAUGACGUCAUCUUAGAUAGCCAACAAGGUCAUAGUAGACUUCAAAAUCAAAGAUCAAAAGCUCAGAUUCAUCAACAACCACAUCAACGUCGAGUAGUUGAUCAUGAUGCUGACAAUGCUCCACGAGCAAUCUCUCAGCCUUCACAAGUCUUUGACUUAAACCCUCAGAAACUGAAGUCUACAGCUCGAGCUCUUCUACCUCCACGAGAUCUAAAUCAACGGGCUGGAGACAUCUUGGCUAGCCCUGGAAGCAACAAUAAAUUGAGUAGUUCUAGAACUUUUACUGGAGAUGGAAACUCUAGAUUAGCUUCUGGAGCUGAGGCUUCAAGGGCUCAAGCAUCUGGAGCACAAGCUUCAAAACCAGAUUUUAGUGCUCAAGGUUCUAGAGCAUCUACAAGUUCUUUAGCUCAACACGACUCACCAUCUCAAAGCAUUUUGACUUCAAGCAAGGCUGUAGAACAUCAACGUACCAAAUCGUCACGUCCCGUUCACAUUCACAACACUUUUGAAGCUGUAGCGCCUCAAAUAUUCAACGACAAGACGCCUGAACAAAUCUCUCGAGCUCAGUUUGUAGGUAGUGAACUACCACAAGAUGGUCCAACCUUAAGUGAUCAAAAUGGUCAGCAAAUCAGUGGCCAAGACAACUAUGGUCAACAUAGUCAACAUAGUCAACUAAUCCCACAACUCAAAAACGUCAUUGACAGCGAACACCAACCUCACUGUGGCACCGACCACGCGACACCACCAUUCGCACCAUGUGUAGAUCGUGACAUAGCAGACGAGCGCUUCUUAUCCUGUUGUAAAGGUCAAAUCCCUUCAUCAUGCCAUUCGUUGUGUACAUACGAACAUAGGGAGAAGUUGGCGGCUAAAAAUUUCAUUAAUGCUAUUCAACAUCAAGGCUGUGACUUGAAAUGGCUCUCGACGAUUUUACAUUGUGCCAAUCGCGCUAAGGAUAACAGGCAUUGUUGUCAGACACUACACUUGGCUAGUCCUGAGCUGGGCGUUGGGGAUCGGUAAGAGUUUUCAAAAAAAACUUUUUUAAAAAAAAAAGUUGCUAAAGUUGCGGUAAAAAAUGCAAAAAAGUUGCUAAAAAUAUUAAUAUCAAGUUGUUAAAAUAAUUCUGAGCUACUAUUCAAAGCAAAUAUUCGUGGUUUGGUAGCUCAGAAUUAUUUGAACAACUGCCAUUUUUAAUUGACAUCACUUCACAAUUUUAAAUUUCAAACUAUAACAACCUAAUUUUUUACUUUUAGAUGCCUCCGAAUGUGUUACAUACCAUCGGACCGUGAGACCAUUGGUCAUGUACAACAACAUGACCUGGUGUGUUUGUCCAAUUGGAAUGUCAUCAUGUACUGUGCUCGUUCUGGGCUUAGGAAUUACUAA